AAAUUCAUAUCUGAGUCUCUAAAUUUUCGCCAAAAUAAUUUAUUUACCCAGUUUUAUUAUUUGCGAUUUAAUGCAGCUGAAGCCAAACACGCUACUUGCUGAAGCUGAACCAAACGCUUGUUGAUGCGAUGCGCCAUGCCCAUCGUACUUGGCCGUUUUUUUUUUGUAUUGCCUUGCCAAUUGCCAUGCCAGUCAACAGUAUUUGUUUCAUCUCAUGAUUAUUUCGCGUAUACCGUUGUUGUAACACUUAACAUUACGUUGUAAAAAUGUAUAUUUAGUCCAAACAAACACGACGUCAAAUAGUUUAGUGUGUAAAAGGUGGCAGCCCAAGCUUGGUGGCCAAUUUCAUCGGAAAUGGCGAUGCCGGAGCAGUUUUCGCUUCGAUGGAACGACUUCCACUCGAACCUGUCCCAGGGUUUCCACGCUCUGCUGGAGGGCGAGGACCUGGUGGAUGUGACGCUCGCGGCGGGCGGCCAGUACGUGCACGCGCACAAGCUCAUCCUCUCCGUCUGCAGCCCCUACUUCAAGGAACUCUUCAAGAUGAACCCUUGUGAGCACCCAAUCGUGAUACUGAAAGAUGUGGCUCUAUCAGAGCUACGGCAGCUGCUUCAGUUCAUGUACAAGGGGGAGGUGCACGUCCGCCAACAGGAGCUGUCUGGCUUCCUACACACCGCUGAGCUUCUGCAGGUCAAAGGACUCACAGCUGGACGAGAGAAGAGCGAAUCGCCACCGCCAGCGCGCGCGAAAGACGAGCCAAUCACAAGCUUCAAAGCGGAACAGUCCAACGACAGCCUCACCGGUGACUGGGUGCCUGGUGGAGAGGACACCAUCGCUACUGAGGCCUCCGUGUCGCCAUCCAACAUCACAUCCGGGUAUGAAGAAGAGUCUGCCAAGAAGUCCAUCAAAAGAACGUUAAAGAACACGCCACCGAAGACCAACAUGAACUCGAAGAAGUCGAAAGCGGCGCGCCCGCCGCCACCCGUGUCACCGCACCACGACAGCAUCGAAUACACAUCCGACAGUGAGCCGCAACUGGACUACGACAGCGACCUGUACCACAGUAUUCUGGAGAUGCCCGACCCAUCCAAGGACUCCAUCAUCAACAUCAAACAGGAGGGAGGCUGGAACUGCAAAACGGGCGGCGUGAAAUGCCCAUCGUGCAACCGCUUCUUCGCGAACCGCUACAACCUAAAAGUACACAUCCGGGACAAGCACGACACGCUCGAGGGCACGCUGCAGUGCGAGAUCUGCAAGAAGCGCAUGCGCAACCCGAGCUGUCUGCGCGUGCACAUGUACCACCACCGCAAGCAGGCGGCUUACCUCGCCGCGCAGACCGAUCAGAUGCACAAACUGAUGCCCAACAUGAUAGUGGGAAAAUGGCGCCAAGACGGGUCCAUUCCAUCGACACCUAUCAAUCCUAACGAUUUUCGGGACCAGGAUAAAAAACUCAACAUGUCUGGCAAAUGGCCGUCGCUACCGCACUCUCCGAUGAAUCCCUCCGACUACAAAGAUGACAAGAAACAGAACAUGUCUAAAUGGUCGGGUGACCCGCCGUCGCCCACCGGCCCCGACUACAAAGAUCAGGACAGUGCGCAAAACAACUCUGGCGGUGAAGAAGGCCUGCCCCCCAACUCUGUGGACGUGGAGUUGACCGAGGCGGUGUAGCGCCGGCGACGACGGCGCAAAAACACAAGUACAAAAACAAUAUUCACGUCGGUUCCACAAACCAACACUCUUAAUUUUAUGUCUAUCACAAUAUUUUUACUUUCUUCAAACAUUCCAUUUUUUAGGCCUAUAAUUUUAUUUUUAUUAUUUUUACUUAUGUAUUUUUUUAUCCAUUUUAAAAAUGCUCAUUUUAAAUGUCGUUGGACAGUCUUCAAGUCCACGGAAUAGACUUAUUAAAGUUGAGGUCCGUUUUAUUAGAAAUGUAAAGUACAAAAGGUGCAUGCUCGGCUAAUGUUCGAGUCGCGAGUUAUUUGUAUAUUUUGAGAUCGCGUUGUUCGGAAGCGUACGUCGAGUCAACAAUAAGAUUUACAAUAUUCCCGCACGUAUGUUGUAGGAUCCAAAGACUGAGCGAAACAUUUUACUCGAAAUAUUGCUAUUUAUACAUACAUAUAUACUCGGAAUUUAUACAUCCACAGGAUAAGGUUUUUAAAAGAUAUUUUUUUACAUUCAUAUAGUUAGUAUCGUAGUCAACGAAAUGGCUCAACACAAGAAUUUAAUAUAAGUAAGUAUAUAUUUUACCAUUUGUUCAACUGUUGGAAAUAUUAGGUUAAAAAUAAGUCUGAUAUUGAAUGUCAAAUCCGCCUCUUGAACAGUCUCAGCUUUACGUAAUGUAGGAAAAUAGUUUGUUAUAACUUUAUAAGCCGAGUCCGACAUUACAUCUGUAGAAGAGAAUCAUCACGAUUAAUCCAUAGGUACUUUAGAGUUGGUUUCGAGUAUCGGCUUUCCGUAAUAGUAAUAAGCAUGCACGAUUGGGGCACAGCAAACGAGGUAUUUAGACAGCUAGAAGAAAACGAGUAGUUUUAAAUAAAAAGUGGCCAUUCACUGACAAUAUAAGGUACAAACACUUAAAUUAUACAAUAAUUAUGCAUCAUGCAGAAACGAGAUUUAGCUUAGGAUGUUAAUAUUACAAUUUCUUUUAUUUCACGUACAAUCUAUGGCAACCGAUUAGAACAUUUUAGAAAAGGGAAGGCUCAGACAGCCGCCUACAGUGCACGUCAAAAUGGUUGCGUAGCCUAACAGUACAAAUGUGUAUAUUCAUUUUACGAACAAUUUGUAUGCUUUACGUAGUUUUAAGUAUUAUUUUAAGCAUUUGUGGACGUACAUUUGUGUCUGAAAUUCUGGUUUAUGGAUAAGCUCCCAAGAUUUUGAAGAUAUUUUAUACCUCAUUUUUCGAUUGCCUUUUUAGUAAGAUAAAGAGUAUUCCCCCUGGUUUUCCGCAUCACACUUGACGGAUAAGCAGUUUGCAAACCUUUAAAUAGCUCUGUUAUUAUAAUGUUAAUAAUUUUGAGUACAUAACUUGAUGUGAACUUCACAAGUUGCAUCAGUAACGGAUACACAAGUGUUCUUAGGAGACUCGAUUAUAUAGCUUUAAUAUUUCAUAAUAUACAUACUUAUAUAUAUUUAUAUAUAAUAAAGAUUGUGUCAUAGUAACGAAUGAUAAAAAGAGAAGCAGGCAGGCGGUGGCCGCGGCCACCGCGCGGGAGGCAUGCGCGGCGACAUAUUUCAUAUAUUUAUAAAACAAAUAGAAAUACACGCGACUUAGGAGAAGGUUGUUAUAUUUAAAAUUAAAACGUCCAUUAUUAUGAUGUAUGUUAUGGCGGUUUGGGUAUUUUCUAACCAUUAUUCUUAAGAGGUAAAACUAACAAGCAAUUAUUGAAAAAGUAAGGAUUUACGAAUUUUUCUACAUUCCACUAGGUGUAAGGAAGCAUAAUCAACCUGACACUUACUUUAGAUAUUAUUAUACAUAUAUACGUUUUAAGAUAUUAUUAUAAGCGUAAAAUAAAACUAAUUUUAAAACGAAAGGAGAUUAACAAUUUUAAGUGAUAUUUAGAGUAUACUUGGAAGUGAUUGCUUGUUACUAGGAUGAAUGUUUGAAAUGUAUCCACAAAGUCAUGAAGCAAGACGCAGAAUGUAGAAUACCACUUAAAUACUCGUUACAUUCCAAGUGUAAUCACUUCCAGGUUAAGUCUAACUGAAUAUUUUGGUAGCUCGUUAAUUUUAGCAUUUAUAUGUACGUUUUUACCAAAUUUGUUAUAUACCAAUGCUCUUACGUAAGACGAUGCGAGAAAUACAUCGAUAGGUGCAUAGCCUUGUCGUUAGAUGUGCAUGUAUUCCAAUAGUCAAGUCAACCUAGUACAACUUUUAAUGUGUCCAUAUAAAAACAAAAACAGUAUAACAUUUAAAGAAGACAAACAAAACAUUCCAAAAUUCAUAUUUAUUAAUUUUUAUCUCUCGAAUUUGAUUACAGCUCUUCUUGUUAUUAAUCAAAUUAUUUUAAGUGUUGUUUAAUCAUGCUCGAAUAAAAUUUCAAUUUGAAAAUUAUACAUAAAGAAUAAAA